UCCUCUUUAACACCAACGCUUUGACAAUCCAAAAAGAAAAAGUUCCAACCCUUUUUUUUUUUCUCAUAAAAAAUGGGAGUUCUUGGUGUAGCUUCCAGGAUCUUUCUUGCUCUGAUUGCGAUCCAGCUUGGUGCACAUCAGAUAAAUGCUACAAUUCCUCUGAAAACCAAUAAAUUGAUCAACAAGGCCAAUAAGAAUGGCCCUUACAUUGGAAUAGUGAUUCCAAAUCUUUUCGAAUUGAACCCUCUGCUUAAUCAUCCCGACUUCAAAGCUAAAAAUUUGACCAUUGAUAUUUCUGGAAGGAGAUACCGGUUUGGAACUAUUGCCGGCAAGAAAGUAAUUUUAACCCUGACAGGCCUUGGCAUGGUCAAUUCAGCUGUAACCACUCAACUUCUAUUGACCCUCUUCAAUGUAGAAGGAGUGUUGCACUAUGGAAUAGCCGGGAAUGCGAACCCUUCCCUUCAUAUUGGAGAUGUGGCUAUUCCUCAAAGCUGGUCGCAUUCUGGUCUCUGGAAUUGGCAGAGGUAUGGACAAGGCCCCGAAGACGAGCUACCGCUUGAAGCAAAUGGAGACUACACGAGAGAAUUAGGGUACAUUAAUAUCCCAAAUUAUACAGUGAAUGUCUCGGAUGAGGAUUUCGGCUCCUAUGACAACCUCCUCAAUAAUAUUUGGUAUCAACGGGAAGAAGUUUUCCCAAUAGAUGGGACUCCUGAACAGAGACAGCAUGCCUUCUGGGUUCCUGUUGAUUCUCUCUAUUAUCAUCUCGCUCAAAAUUUGGAGGGUCUAGAACUGGAAGAUUGCGUAAACUCAACAACAUGUUUGACCACAACGCCAAAGGUGGUGAGAGUGGAAAGGGGAACAAGUGCGAGCAUCUACUUAGACAAUGCAGCAUACCGUGGCUUCCUAUACGAGAAGUUCAAUAUCAGCCCCGUGGAAAUGGAAAGUGCAGCCGUGGCCUUAAUUAGUUUCCAGCAGAGGAUUCCUUUCAUUGUUAUAAGAGCUCUCUCCGACUUGGCCGGCGGUGGCUCUGCCGACUCUAAUGAGGCCGAUACUUUCAUCACCCUUGCCGCCAAUAAUUCUGUGGCUGUUGCUGUCGAAUUCGUCAAGCUGUUGCCGAAUGCCACUUUGGCAGCUUAUUAGGAAUAUUACAUGUACUGGUGUUCAUAUAUGUGAAAUCUAAAAAUAUCCAGGAGAGUACCAGACUCUCAAGAGACAACCAUGUGACUCAACAACAUAGUUGUGUUUGAAGCGUUUGGUAUUUCUGGAGCACCAGUAUUUUUCUCGAUAUAUGUGGAAAGGCUAUUUUUCUAUAUGCCCCUUGUAAUCCUUUCUUUAAAAAAAUAAAAAUAAAUAAAAAUGAAAAAAAUAAAAAUAAAAACCUUGAGC